AUGCUGUUUGACCGAUACCUCGCCUGGCUGCUCGCCACUGUUCUGUAUGCCGUUCGGGCUUCGCUCAGCCAGCAGCAUGCUCCAACUGCAAGCAUUGACGCUGGUCUGGUAAUUGGAACUACAACUUCUGUCUCUGGCGCGGCUGCCACGGUCAACAAGUUUUUGGGCGUUCCGUUUGCCGCCUCGCCAACGCGCUUUGCACCGCCCGUCCGCCCAACGCCGUGGUCUGUCCCCCUCCAAGCCACGGCCUAUGGGCCAGCAUGUCCUCAACAGUUCAGCUAUCCCGAAGUGGCCCGGGAGCUGCAGAUGGCUUGGUUCAACACACCGCCUCCUCCCGCUGGCGAAAGUGAGGACUGCUUAAACCUCAACAUCUACGUUCCAGGAACUCCCGGUGGAAACAAAACCGUCAUGGCUUGGAUCUACGGUGGCGGCCUUGCAUUUGGCGCCAAUUCGUUGCAAAUAUACGAUGGGGCAGACUUUGCCGCAAAUCAGGACGUUAUCCUCGUUGUCUUGAACUACCGAACGAACAUCCUGGGAUUUCCAGCUGCACCCCAACUUCCAUUAACCGAGCGAAACUUGGGGUUCCUCGAUCAAAGAAUGGCGUUGGACUGGAUACAACGAAACAUUGCAGCAUUCGGUGGAGAUCCCCAAAAAGUCACCAUCUUUGGGCAGAGUGCAGGAGGAAGAAGUGUUGAUAUUCUUGUGACAUCUAUGCCCCAUAAUCCGCCAUUCCGGGCGGCAAUCAUGGAAUCAGGAGUUGCCAACUAUAAUUUCCCCACCGGAGACUUGUCAGGUCCUUGGAACCAGACCGUUGAAGCCCUUAACUGCACCCACGCCACUGACCUUGUGAAGUGCAUGCGAAAAGUUGAUCUCAACACUAUGAUGAGCACGAUUGAGCAUCUGAGCAUUGACUUCGAAUAUACGCUCGACAAUGUGACGGCGCUGGCGUACUCCGAGGCCGCUCGCGAGAGUGGUCAUAUUGCCCAUGUUCCUAUCCUCAUUGGCACGGUUGCCAACGACGGACUUCUUUUCGUCCUCGGUGAUAACGAUACACAAGCGUUCCUGGAGGAUAGCAUCCCGGACCAGCCUGCACUCUAUCCGGCUAUUCUGGACGCAUAUGCAAUUGGCUCACCCGGGAUUGGUUCCGUUCAAGAUCAAAUCUCUGCAAUCGAGACAGAGGUGAGAUUUCAGUGUCCUUCACGCGUCGUCGCUCGAGACUCCCGGAAACUGGGGCUUCCCACUUGGCGCUACUAUUACAAUGUCAGUUUUCCCAAUAUGGAACUUUUCCCCGGUUCCGGUGUGUACCACAGUUCGGAAGUCGAGAUAGUUUAUGGGACGUACCCUCGGGCAAAUGCGACCUCGUUGGAAGUGCAGACAAGCAAGUAUAUGCAACGCUCGUGGGCGAUGUUCGCGAAAACUCCCAUGGCUGGACCGGGGUGGAAACAGGUGCCAAACGUUGCGGCAAUCGGUUCACCAGGGAAAGAUAUGGAGGUAAAUGUCCAGGACGCAGUGAUUGACAAGAGAUGUGGUCUAUACACAUCAUACUACACCGAGUUGGGAACCAUUCAGUCAAAUGUCAACUAG